GUUUAUCGGCCGCCGUCUCCUCACACCCCAGCCCAUCACCACACUCAGGGGGCCGCUAAGACGGUGUCUCCUAAGUCUCGUCCCCUGUCCCCAGCGGCCUACAGCUCCCUGCAGGCUGGCGGCCGCUUACCUGGCCGCCGCUCCCGCUGCCGAUGUCAGGGUCAGGAGAGCGGCCUCUCGCGACCGUUACUCGAGCGAGCGCACGCGCGCGCCCUGCGUCUCGCCGGUGAUUGGCUGCUCGGAAGGAGGCGGAGACAGCCAAAGGUGGUGCGCGCGUCCACCUCGCCCUUCCCCCUCGCGCAGCUCCAACCAAAGAGAGAUGUCCAACCCCGGGGGUGUGACAAGGGAGUGGGAGUGCUAUGAAACCCUCUUCUCUGAUUGGCUCUCUGGAAGCCAGCCGCUGCCACGAGGGAAAGAAGCUUCAGUUUGUCGCAUGCGCAGUGAGUAAACAUGAGCCCCUGGUAGAUGAGGGAAACCGCGAUCAGAGUACGGCGCGUGCGCAUAUCGGGAUCGCGAUUGCGAGUCCUCUGCUGCGGUGAUUCCGGUUCCUCUAGAACGUUGAGGGCACAAGUCGGGUCCUGAGACCAGGUAAAUCAGGGAUUUCUUCUUGGUUUGGAUCCAUUGCUGGUGAACUAGUGCGUUUUUUGGGGAGUGUUGAAGAGUCUUGUUUUGCCGUAUUACCGGGGUUUAUUUCUGGAUCCUUCUCAUUUGGGUCCUCAGCCAGCAGAGCCAUGUUCCUCAUGAGCACCGCGGGUUUAUUUCAUUUUCCUACAUCACUGACCCGAAUAUGCCAGGCGCCACGGGGACUCCGGCUUUGGGAGAAGCUGACGUUGUUAUCCCCAGAAACAGCUGUCACUCCGGUCCAGAUGGCAGGCAAGAAGGACUACCCUGCACUGCUUUCCUUGGAUGAGAAUGAGCUCGAAGAGCAGUUUGUGAAAGGACACGGUCCAGGGGGCCAGGCAACUAACAAAACCAGCAACUGUGUGGUGCUGAAGCACAUCCCCUCGGGCAUCGUUGUAAAGUGCCAUCAGACAAGAUCAGUUGAUCAGAACAGAAAGCUAGCUCGGAAAAUCCUACAAGAGAAAGUAGAUGUCUUCUACAAUGGUGAAAACAGUCCUGUUCACAAAGAAAAACAAGAAGCAGCGAAGAAAAAACAAGAAAGGAAAAAAAGAGCAAAGGAGACCCUGGAAAAAAAGAAGCUACUAAAAGAACUGUGGGAGUCAAGUAAAAAGGUCCACUGAGAAAAGAAUUACAGAUUCCAACUGACAGAAUCUGCCAGAAGCUCCCAGGGAAUAAUGGUGGUGAGUUCCAUCACCAGCAUUAUUACAGUGCUUCAAAAGAAGUAUUUUUGAUGAACUUAAAAGACAACAAAGUUAUUUAAAUGGUGCACUAAACUAUAGUGAACAGAGACAUGCACGACUCAAGAAUAAAACUCGGCGGGCGCGGUGGACAGUGCCUCACACCUGUAAUCCCAGCACUUUGGGAGGCUGAGGCAGGCAGAUCACCUGAGGUCAGCAGUUUGAGAGCAGCCUGGCCAACAUGGUGAAACCCCGUCUCUACUAAAAAUACAAAAACUUAGCCAGGCAUGGUGGUGGGCACCUGUAAUCCCAGCUACUUGGGAGG